CAUGCCAGCAUUGUAAGAAGUGCUUUAGCGUGUUAUCAAAUUGCAAGCGAAAUGAACGAAUUCACACUGGAGUGAAGCCGUAUUCAUGCAAGCAUUGUAAAAAGUGCAUUACCUACUCAUCACUUUGCAAGGAACAUGAACGAUCUCACACUGGAGUGAAGCCGUAUACAUGCAAGCAUUGUAAGAAGUGCUUUAGCCAUUUAGGAAAUUGGAAGUAACAUGAACGAACUCACACAGGAGUGAAGCCGUAUUCAUGCAAGCAUUGUAAGAAGGGCUUUAGCCAUUUAGGAAAUUGCAAGCAACAUGAACGAACUCACACAGGAGUGAAGCCGUAUUCAUGCAAACAUUGUAAAAAGUCCUUUACCGUCUCAUCACAUUGCAAGGAACAUGAACGAACUCACACAGGACAGAAACCGUAUACAUGCCAACAUUGUAAAAAGAGCUUUACCCAGACAUCGGCUUGCAAGCAGCAUGAACGAACCCACACAGGAGUUAAGCCGUUUUCAUGCAAGCAUUGUAAAAAGUUCUUUAGCCAGUCAUCAAAUUGCAAGCGACAUGAAGAAAAACACGCAGCAGACAGUUCGUUAAAACACAAGCAGCAAGAUCAGCACCUAAAACUAAGAAAACACCAGGAGCUGUCAACAACUCGAGGUAGCAAAGAGUCUAGUUUGUUGGCUUCUUUGACUGAAAAUAAUUUAAGCCAAGUUGAAAGCCUCACCUGUUGGAUUUGUCAGGAGGAAUUUAGCAGUGAGACAUGUCUCAUCAAGCAUUACGAUGAUUAUAUGCGAUUAAAAUGACGUGUAUGUAAACCUUGUCAUUCUAUAACCUAUUGUAUAUUUUGGCUUUUUUUCCUCCUGGUUGUAGAUUCACUUGGACGCAAUUUGUUUUGUUGAAGUUAGUUAAAGUUAGUUUAAGUUAGUUAAAAUUUCGGCGAUAGAAACUUAGAACUUCUCUUUACCUGUAGCAAACCUGUAUCAUAACAAUAACAAUAACAAUAACAAUAACAAUAACAAUAACAACAAUAACAACAAAACAACAACAACAAUAAUAAUAAUAAUAAAGUGUUUGGGGCACAGUUAGGUGUUUUGGGCCUCUUGUAUUAUACCUGUAUGUAAUGCUUUCAGUUAAAAGAAGCUUAAUGUACAAAGCUAGAUCCAAUGUAGUAAUUACUAUGCCACUGAAUAGCUCAUUUCUCACUUGUAUUUUCUUGGUAUACACAUGGCAGGAGCCUUUAAUUUUCAGUGCUUUUAUUGUUAGCACCACAGGUGCAAAACAGGUAAGAACGUGACUAUUUGAAAUUUGCGUUUCCAUUUCUUCAUCAGUUACUUAACUUUCUUCCAGUUAUCUCAAGCGGAAAAAUACCAAGGAGAUCGUCCGUGUUUUUUCGAGAAAAGAAGACGUGAAAAGUAAAAUUUUCCGGUUUGUUACUUAAACCUGUUUUAUAUUUAAAAUGAACGAAAACCAACGUAAAACACCACAGUAACAUUCAAAACUGUCUUUUAAAUAGGCCAAUUACGAUAUAUAAGGUAAGCUAAGGUAAGGUAAGGUAAGGUAACUCUAUUUUAAGUCGUAAACAUGGGAAGUGGUUGCCCAAUCUCCUGAGCCAUGGCUCAUGACAACAACGCACGACUAUUUACAAUAACAUUACCACUUACAAUUACUAUAUUCUCUAAGAUAAAUUCAGAAUUAAAAUAUAGAAUAUUCCUAAGAGCACGGCUAUUUAAACUAUUUAAUAUAUGAAAAUCCUAACCAGGCUUCGAAGCUUUGGAAAACAAAAACAAAGGAAAUUAAUUGAGCCCAUCUGUCAUCUUCGAUGCGAGUUUUUUUGUUUUAUUCCCCUAAGCCUCGGGACCAAGUUAGAAUUUUAAUAUAGCGAAAUUGGCCUAUAGGUAAUUGUAACUUAUUUUUGGACCUUGAGUGAAAAUAUACACAUAAAACAUUCGCACUGCUUAGUUUAAGGCCCGUCCACACUACUCCAAGGAAAUUUGCAGACGGCGUUUUCACUCCGAAAACCACUUCAAAUGUUUUUUGUCAACGCUACACCGAAAAAAAAAUUGAAAACGCAACAAUCACUGGCGACAGAAGCGCUUGAGUGUACCCCUGAGGGUUCGCGUUGAAUAUAAACCCGGGAUGAGCGGCAGGGGUGACGAUUCGCACUAUCCGAGAUUGCCUCACCAGCUUUUUUAGCUACUAUUUUAGGGGAAUUUUUUGGGGGACUUUUUGGCAGGCACAGGCACUUUCCCACUUAUCCCUCAACGCUCAAUCCACCACUCGUCUAUCACUUCAUACCCUUACUACUCCUAAUCUAAUCAGAUGUAAAAAAAUAUGAUAGAGUCAUGGACAUGAAUCGAAAUUGCGUCGAUCAGUAUGUCAGAUCAGAGCAGCAGGUCUAUUCUUGAGAUGAGGGGCAGGUGGUGGAGGAGAGAGGUCAGGGGUGAGGGGUAGUUGGUGAGUUGUAGGGGUUGAUCGAUGUAAAGUCAGGGUUUGGAGGUUAGGAUUGGGUGCGAGGCGUUGGGAUUGAGGUGUGUAUGAAUCAUAGGGGAUAAAGGUUUAGAAACGAAGUGGCUGGUGAGUUAAGGAUUGCGGCAGGGUUGUGGAACAGUGGGGAAAUGAGAUGGGAGACGGGUGGUGAAUGGAGAGAGGGGGAUAGAAGAUGACAAGUGGAGGGAAUAUAGGAACGGACUUCAUCUAAACUUACCGUCAUCUCCCAAGUGCCUCUGAAACAAAUGUUUCCAGUUUCCCCAGGCUCGAAACAUGUUUCCCAAGCAAAACAGUCGAUUGUGUUUCUUCGACAAAAACUUUGCUUAUUUUUUGGCCACACGAUUACUUCUGGCUGACAUCUGGUCGGCAAUGCAACUCUCCUCCCUCCCCCACCCAUCCCCGCCACGCAACCUAACCUCCUAGGUGGGUAGUAUGAAAACUUUUCUGGGUCGUGAAGAGUCUGGGCCCGAGUGCAAGCUGGUGUAAUGACUGUAAAUAUGGCGACGCCUGUGUGAUUUGCGGAAGUCGUUGUCGCUGGUUUUCAAGGAGUAUACGGUAGAAACAUCUAUCUUGACAGCACAGUUGACAAGAUACCUUAAAAGGAAAUCAAGUCCACUGUCCAGGUUAGUGAAAGAAGAAGUUGGACGUAAAUCGGCAUAAAAUUGAAGCCAAUCAACUUUGAUGAAUAUGGCAAAGAACACACGAGGGAAGGCACACGAAUGCAAGCAUUGUGGCCAGUUGAUUGACCAGUUAUCAGCUUACAAGGAGCAUGAAGGAACUCAAACAGGAGAGAAGCCGUAUACAUGCAUACAUUGUGAUAAGCGCUUUAGCUACUCAUCAACUUGCGAGCGAGAUGAACGACCUUCUACAGGAGUGAAGCCAUAUAAAUGCAAGUAUUGUAAAAAGUGCUUUAGCCAAUCAUCAGAUUGCAAAAAACAUGAACGAACUCACACAGGAGUGAAGCCGUAUUCAUGCAAGCAUUGUGACAUGUGCUUUAAGCAAUCAUCAAAUUGCAGGCUACACGAACGAACUCACACAGGAGUGAAACCAUAUAAAUGCAAGCAUUGUAACAAGGGCUUUAGCCAAUCAUCACAUUGCACGAAGCAUGAACUAACUCAUACAGGAGCGAAGCCAUAUACAUGCAAGCAUUGUAGCAAGAGCUUUAACCAAUCAUCAAAUUGCAGGCAACAUGAACGAACUCACACAGGAGAGAAGCUGUAUACAUGCAAGUAUUGUAACAAGAGCUUUAACCAAUCAUCAAAUUGCAAGCAACAUGAACGAACUCACACAGGAGAGAAGCUGUAUACAUGCAAGCAUUGUAACAAGAGCUUUAACCAAUCACCACAUUGCAAGCAACAUGAACGAACUCACACAGGAGAGAAGCCGUAUACAUGCAAGCAUUGUAAAAAGUGUUUUAGCUCCCUUUCAAAUUGUAAGGAACACGAACGAAUUCAUACAGGAGAGAAGCCGUAUAGAUGCAAGCACUGUAAUAAGUGCUUUACAAAGUCAUCUACUUGCAAGCGACAUGAAGAAAUACAUGCAAUACACAAUUCUUCAGUGAAAACGAAAACAGUAGGAUCAGUAUCUAAAUCUAAGAAUUAAUCUUCAGGGGCUAUCAACAAAUCACGGUGUCAAAAAUCCCGGUAUGCCAAGUUGAAAGCCUCACCUGUUGGAUUUGUCAGGAGGAACUUAGUAGCGAGACAUGGCUCAUCAACAUUACGAUGAUCAUAUGAGAUAAAAACGACGCGUGUGUAAACCGUAUCAUUCUUUAGCCAAUUUUUUAUUUUGGCUUGAUUUAUUCUCCUCGUUGUAGAUUCAUUAGGACACAAUUUGUGUUGUUAACGUUAGCGUUCGAGGAAAGUCAAUUACAGUCAAUCCUCCCGUAAGCGACCACCCAAAAUGUCAAGCCAGGGUGGUCGCCUACGGGAGGUGGUCGUUUACAAGAGCUUAAACCAAAUUUGGUCAAAAUUUUGCUUCAUUAGCAUAUGGUAACUGCAGAGAUUUACCCCAUCUUUUAAAUGUUUGUUCAUGUGAAAAGUCAAUUUCGAGAAAACAUCUGCUACUUCCCGUUGAGGAAUUUCCGUCUCUUGUACUACCAGAAAUGGAAUAAUAUUACAACACCAUUUAAUCCAAUUUCCGCUCUAUUAUCUGUCAAGUGGUCUCUCACGGGAGAUU